AUGAUGAUUAAGUGAUGUAAUUCAAUUUUUACUCUUUAAAGUGUUGGAAAGUCUUCUCAUGAAUUAAGGGUACGAAGAAUAGGAAAAAAUUGGCAAGAUAUUCGGUUAGUGAUGCAAGUGACAUAUAAAAAAGGUUAAUAAAAAAAGGAAAAAUAUCGAAGAUGUGAUAUUUUUAAUAAUGUAGAAAGAGAAAAUCAAAUUAUAUAUAGGAUAAUUUAUAAAUAAUAAUGGUUAUCUUUUUAAUAUAUUAAUUAUCAAUAAUAAAAUUCAGAAAUUUUUUUAAUCGUUAAAUAAUUUAAAAUGGACUCACUUUUUGGACUAUUUGAUUAGUUUCUAAGAAUAAAUUUGACUUAUUACCCCUAAAAUUAACAAGCAUACAUAUCAGAAAGUUGGGAAUAAUUUUUAAGUUUAUUAUAAAGUUAACCACUUGAUUAUGGAAAAAUUUACACAUUAAUAAAUAGAAUGACUUAUGAAGAUAUAACAUCUGGAAAAAAUGAAAGAUAAGGCUCUAGUUAAAGAUAAGUAGCUCGUAAUAUUACUGCAGCAUCUUCACCAAGAAUAGUUUCAUCAUCUGUGUCAAAAAACAGUAUUUAGAUUUUUAAUUAAAUCAAAGGCACUAAUAUAUUGUCAAAAAUUUCAUAAAUGGAUAAUGCAGCCAGCCCAAAAAUUGCAGUUUCUAAUCUUGCAAGUUAGCAGUCAUUAAUUAAUAAAAAUUCAUUACAAUAAAAUGUGAAAUAGCAAGUAUUUUUUAUUGUUACAUAGUAAAUGAUAGAAGAAUUUAAUAGAAAUUUGUUAUUGAGCAAAAUAAAGGAAUUAUAAUUUAACUAUUCAGUUUCUACAGAUAAACUUUAUGCUAUCGCAAAAAUAUUUUAAUCUAAAGAGAGUUAGCCAAUUUCAAAAUCACCGAUAAAAUACCCAUUAAAUCAAUAUGUAAACAAAUCAAGAGGAAGUAAUCAUAGUGCAGAGCAUUAUAAAAUUAUUGCUUGA